GACGAUUGUGGGGGGAAAUACCGCUAGCCAAACACACUCGCAAACCUGUGCAUAUGGUUUUUAAGGAAAAACUACCCAUUAAUAAUGCUGGGGCCUUGGCUGCCCACAUCAUUCCUUGGAAAACGUUCGUUCUCGGUUUAAAGGGGCCCCUGGCUGCUCUGUAGGAUUAAGCGAGAGGGUCUACAAAUUCCCAACCUCGUCACCGCCUUUGUGCGCCUAACCACUGCCGAACCUGGAUGGCAGAGUAAAAAAAUUACAUUGUCGUAAUCCUGGGGCCCUGGCUAUUCAUAUAAUUCUUUGAAAAACGUUCGUUCAGGGUUUUAAAGGGGCCUCUAGUGUUCCAGUUCGAGCAGGCAGUCGAUGAGGGGGUUGGGGGGGUGUACUUUUGCUCGGGCUUCGUUACGUAUGAAAUGUUCUGUCAUCUUUCGGGGCCCCUCCAAGCGACGGGCCCCUAGGCGGUCGCCUACUCCGCCCACCGUUAGAUCCGCUACUGACUAUUAUGUGUCAGGAUCAACAGCAGAGACAUUCGUUUCAUUGAACUUUUACACGAAAGUACUGGAACCAAAUCUUCUCCGUUUCGUUUUAAGUCUAGUAAGCCAUAAAUGUCAAAUCGAUCGUUAAGCCGUGAAGAAGACGGAAAAGCAAGGGAAACAAUGUUUAAUUCUUUUAAUUUUGAGAUAUUAGUCAAAUUCAAUCAUGUCUCACACAUCGAGGGAAUUUAUUGCAAGGGAAUGAAUGACACAACGAAUAAGUGUCAUGUUGUAUUAUCUUAAACAUGGAUAAAGUCUAUCAUUAGAUCAUGGUACAAUGUACCUAUGAAUCUCAGUUGAUCGAUUGUAUACAUGACUGAAGUGUACGUCGAUUUUCCAUCAUGCUUUGUGCAUGUAAACACGCCAAACGAGACAUCACUCUCCACGGUUUUAUAAACAUUUAUCUGCUAAAACGGAAGCAAAUAGCGGGGAACCUCCGAGUAAACAUGCCGGAUGCUGAACAUAACCAACCACGUGACCAAGUGCAUAAACAAUCGCCGGAUCGGCCCCGAAUGCAAUGCGUAGUUUGCGCUUCACAAAAUGAUCGACGCUUCGCACACCACAAGUCGGAUAAAUUGUGUGUUUUUUUGCUUCUCUCGCUCAUUUUAACUGCUGGUCCCGAACAGGUUGGCCUGUUAGGUGAAGGUUUGUUUUUUUUUUGCUGUUGUUCCUUCUGACGGUCACGGUAAAAUCUGCACCCGGAAGCAAUUAUUGAACAAUUACUGCGCUCGGCAAAAUGGCAAAAUGGCAACAAAUGAAAAAAAAACUCUCAACACUUCAGUCGAGUUUAUGUGAGGGAUCUGGGGGGUAAAGCCCCCAAAAUCUAGCCGAAGCUUUGGUUUUUUUUUAUUGAAAGAAAAUAUUAUUCUAAACCAAACAAAAAAAAACACACAGCACACAUACGGCCUGAACGGUUAAGGUUGUGAACCUUUUCAAAACAAAUUGCCCAAUGUCGAUAUUACGCAAAAGUGCCUUCAUGCUAUAGCAGCAGGUUUGCUUUGGUCGAUAGUCAACAACAAAACCAAUACGUUAAUCGACAAAUAAGCGCAUUUAUGCUAUCGGCAAGGAAAUACAGACAGGGGACAUCGGUGGUAUGCAAAUUCAUUUUACACCUUGCUGGAAUAACAACGAACGAUUUUUGGCAUUUAAUGGGCAGACGAUACUUGUGACCAUGAUCAGAUGCCGAUCGACAGUGGAAUGCAGCUUUCAAUGAAAUACAUUGUGAAUGAAUUAAAAACAGGAAAGUAAACAAUGUUUUCUUUUAGCAACUAACUGCAAAGAACACACAAUCUUCAAAGGUUUGUGUAGGGGCCAAUAUGAAGUUCGAAAAACGACACGCAUUCAUGAAAGAUCGUUGAAAGGAAAAUUCGAUCGUACGCGGUAGUAGUACACAUUCAAAUGUUUACACGACCGUUCCGUUUACACUCUCGCUUUCAGCGCGAGAAGGGGAAACUGUUGUCGGCGGAGCGGUGUUGAACGUGAUUACAGUUAUCGGAUGGCGCAGUGCACGUUGCAUAAGAAGAUGCCCACUUAUCAACAGCGGAACGAUGAGAUUUUGCCUACGAUCGUAAAGUAAGGAAGGGAUCGACCUGAUGGGGCUGGCUUAGGAACAGAUUGAUGCCUGCUCAAUGGGCUAAUUCAGUCGAUCAAUGUUGGUCGAUUGUUCCGCAUUUGUUUACACGAUUAAACACUAUCGCACGAUGGGAAUAUGGUGGAACUAACCUAUCUCAAGUAUGUUAGAUUAAUAUUCUCUCCACAGCUUGUCGUGUUUGGGAUACUAUCCUAUGAACAAAUUGGGAUCACAUUUAAUACACUUAAAACAAUUUAUAACUCACUGUGAAUACGAUACCGAUGGAUGUCCAUCAAACCGUAGAAGACUAAUCGCAAAUGUAUCGAAACAGAGGCAGCUUAUCUUGCGUCCAUAAAACCAGGUUUCCUAUCAUGUGGUACUGCUUCCUCGGCAAAACGUGCCGGUCCAUUAGCAUGCAAGCAAAUCGCAUCAUUCGGUGAUAGCAUUCCAACUUCUGCGAAGCACUGAUCGGUUGAACUGAGAAAGAAAUAAAGCAAAUCAAAACAAGGAUGAUCGGACCACCGAUUCUUGGACUCCACGCAAUCCGUCGCAUGAAAAAGAGAAUUUAGCUUACACGUGAGAGCGAACGAGAAAGAGAGAGAGAGAGAGAGAGAGAGUUGGUUCGGUACAUUCGACGUUCGAACGCGCCACGGGACACACAACCACCGGAAAACAGUUACGAUCUAGCCGGCUUCAGCGACGGACCUUAAAGGCGCACGGUGGUGUCGUCGUCGUCUUCGUCGUGAUUAGGAUAGGGCACACGAAGAGACGUAAAGCAAACUGUGAACAAAACCCGGAACCUGGCAAGGUAAAAAACCGCUUGCGUACGUUCUGGCUGAAACGCAAUCGAUUCUGGCGCCGGCUAUUCCCGGUCUGUCUGAGUGACCGUGCGACAAAAGGUCGGCAAACACGCAACACGUACGAUAGGGGAAGGCUCCAUUUUUGUCAGCCCAACCGUCAGGCUUCGCGCAAAACUGAUUUCGUUUUUGGCCUUGGCGCAUCGAUUGAUUACGCGCGGGUUCAGACUCUCGGGGCAGUGUGUUGCUGUUUGCAGGGAAGUGCGCGGGAUUAGAGGGUGCGCGCGUUACGUGAUUAGAUUUGUUAGUUGUCCGGUGUGCAUUUGGUGUGGUUUGAAACAACGAAACAACGAAAAAAAGGAAAACGUUGCAAGGAAACGGGAAGAACGUGAGAUUCGGGUGCACAAAUACCACGUACAGCGUCGUCCAUAUCCGGUGCACACAUUACGCGAUACGUGCUCGAUACUUUAGCCUAAUAUUUGGCUGCUGUGAACAGGUGAAUUUUCAGUGUUCGUCACUACCUUCACGUGGCCGGAUCGAUCGAGUGUGGUACGACGAAACCGCCCGCUAUGCAUCCCCAACCAAUGUAAACAGAGACUGCGUCGUAUGACGAGUGCGUUUCUUAUCGCACACGGCGUGUCAUGCGUCUUGGUCGAAGAACGUGGGCAUCAGGUUCGGGGCUGAAGAUUUCGCGUACGCGAUUGUGAUAAAAGCACAACACAACGGUGCCUGCUCCAUUAGUCAAUAUCAUUAUCCAAAGAGUGGCAGGAUACACAGAACCAAAUCAAAGAGCAAACCAUCGCCGGUGGCCAUUCCAUUCAAGUAGGUUCUUUUACGACCGGGAGUCCCAGCUCGCAGGAAAGCAAGGGCAGUGCAUGUGCUGGCUGCAAAAUUGUGUAUGUUUAGUGCGAAUGAAUUAUGCAGGCCCGUGAUGAAACGUCUCCACAGGCUGUGCGUUGCUGUGGUAACAACAUGCGUGGAUGGUAGGGAUUCUACGAGACAGCAUCAAGAUCAUGCGCCACAGCGAACCGAUGCUUGGUGAGAUAGAUCGCCGAUCGUACAUGGAAUGUACAUGGUGCAAAUUAGUCUAAAUUGAAGUGCCUACAGCGAAGUCAAGCGGCUGCUUUUUGUUGGGCUUAUAUCGCCGUACGACGUCUAGGAAAGAUCUUUCCCUGCUACAAAGUGGCCAGUGGCACUUACUUCCACGGUGCAAAAGUGUUAAUUCGUCUUCGACUCAUCUCCCGACCCCGUCUCGACGCUGCUGCCGUGCCAGCGCGAUGCGAACGGGACCGGCAUGAUGAAGAUCCAGCGCAAAAAACCGAUCGCCUUUCUGCUGAUCGUAGCGUUCGGCGUCCUGUUCUUCUGCUGCAACAACCUGUAUCUGUUCCACAUGCCGAAGGUGCGGCGCAAGGUAGACCAGGACACAGCGGAGCAGAAUCUCACCGUUGGGCUGGAGGUGGUACGCAGGCUCUGGCAUGCAUGGGCCGUGGAGGAACCGCCUUUCCAGUCUGGGGGCGGUGGUCCAGUUCUCGUGACUACGCCGGUGCCGUUCGAACAGCAUCACUUUAACCGUACUGUUAGCGAUCGGCUCGGUGUCGAUCGACCCAUUCCAGAUACGCGCCAUCCAAACUGCCAACAGCGUACCUACCUCACAACGCCUGGGCGUACUACAUCUGUGAUAAUAACGUUCCAUAAUGAAGCCACCUCCACGCUGCUGCGAACGAUCGCCAGCAUCCUGCAACGUACUCCGCUCGAUAUGUUGCACGAAAUAAUCCUAAUAGAUGACUGCAGUAACCAUCAUGAGAGCAAUAGUCUGGACCAUCCUGCGGAAGUUGGCAAAAAACUUCAAUAUGUUAGCUAUGAAUCAUUCAACCAAAUUCCACUCGUCAGAUACUACCGAAAUUCCGUUCGACAAGGACUGAUACGUUCCAGAAACAUUGGUGCUACGUACGCGAGUGGUAGUUAUAUUAUGUUUCUAGACAGCCAUUGUGAGGUAAACCGGGGCUGGCUGGAACCACUGCACGAUCGGCUCGCGAUCGAUGCGACUGCCAUCCUUAGCCCGGUGAUAGACAUUAUCGAUCCACAUACCUUCGAGUAUCGGGCAAACAGUGCCCGAUUGCGGGGCGGUUUCGAUUGGAGUCUUCACUUUCGCUGGUUGCCAAUCGCCGAGGAAGAGUUGGAGCACCGACGCCAUGAUGAAUCGUUACCCUUCUAUAGUCCUGCCAUCUCCGGAGGCAUAUUUAUUGUAGCGAAGAAUUUGUUCGAGCUGCUUGGUGGAUUCGAUCCGGGCAUGGACAUUUGGGGCGGCGAAUCGCUCGAGAUGUCACUAAAGGCGUGGAUGUGCGGAGCACACGUGGAGGUUGUGCCCUGUUCACGUGUCGGACACGUGUUCCGGCGUAAGCAUCCGUUCAGCUUUCUUCCCGAUGGCAGCCAUAUUACGUAUUUACGCAACACGAAACGUCUAGCACUCGUUUGGAUGGAUGAGUUUAAGAACUUCUUCUACGAAGCCCGCCCAGAAGCGGUGACCAUCGAAGCGGGAUCGAUUAUCCAACAGCAGGAUCUGCGACGUACACUAAACUGUCGCAAAUUCAGCUGGUAUCUGCAGAACGUUUUUCUCGACCUGAAGCUUCCAAACGAAAACAAUGUCGCUUUCGGGCAGCUACGACACGGUGAACGCUGUCUCGCCGUUAAACCAAAGAAAGGUCCAGCACUGGGCAGAACGCGUAAGCGAUCGAACGAGAAUGAUGUGACAUUGGUAGAGUGUGGGGCACGUGAUAUCGAUGGCAGUGAAGGGCAGCUCCAGUGGGCACUACACAAAACCAACGGCCAGUUAAGUACGGAGCGUGCGAUUUGUCUUACGGUGCGUAAUGGUUUCGUACAGGCUGAACGUUGUCGCCAGAAGAGUAACAUUUCACGAACAGCCGAUAAGGAAGGUCAACGGUGGCAACGACAGGGCGGUACACUGAUACACCAAGCAAGCGGAAUGUGCCUGGAAAGUCUCGUCAGGGAUGAUGUCGGUGCGUCCGAAUGCCGCCGUGGUGCACCAUCGCAGCUGUGGAGUUUCUCUGUAGAAGUGCAACAGCUCACGUAGCUAAGCUCAUGUACCAAAAAUAUACACACCAUGUAAAGUUAAGUUAA